CUUCCUCCCAAAACUUGUGGUGGCGACUGCGUUAGGGUUUUUCGGUGUGGUGAGAGGAAAGGAAGAGAGAACGCAGAGAAGAAGAUGAGUAAGUCGACGAAAGUUGUUCCCAAGGGCAAGAAGAAGGGAGCAAGCUUCGUUAUCGACUGCGCGAAGCCUGUGGAAGACAAAAUCAUGGACAUAGCGUCCUUGGAGAAGUUUUUGCAGGAGAGAAUCAAGGUCGGAGGCAAGGCUGGUGCCCUCGGUGAUUCCAUUACCAUCACUCGUGAUAAGACUAAGAUCACCGUUACUUCCGACAACCCCUUAUCCAAGAGGUACUUGAAAUAUCUAACAAAGAAGUAUUUGAAGAAGCACAAUGUGAGGGAUUGGUUGCGUGUCAUUGCAUCAAACAAAGACCGCAAUGUCUAUGAGCUGCGAUACUUCAACAUUGCUGAGAACGAGGGUGAGGAAGAGGAUUGAUUAAUAAUUAGGUUUCAGUGUGUUUUCCUUUCAACCCAUCAGUUUUUGUAGGGACAUUAUUCGAUGGUAUCAGUUUUGUUCGAAUGAACUCAUCAAUGUAUCUGAAUUAACUCAACUAUUCCCUAUUUUUACUGCU